AUGACUUUGCACGUGCAGGAGGAAUUGAAUUUAGAGAAGUUUUGGGAAGUAGAAUCUAUGGGAGUGGAACAGAAGACUAAAUACCAAGGAUGCGACGAAUAUACCAGACAAUACCAAGACACAUGCAUUACAUACGAUAACGGACAGUACGUCGCAAGAUUACCUGGAAAGAUGAUUCAUCCAUCUCUACCCAGUAAUGAACUGAUAAGCCGGCGCAGAAUAGUGAGUGUAGUCAACAGACUGAGAAAAGAACCGAACUGCCUGCAGAAGUAUAGUGAGAUUAUGAAUGAACAGGAGCAGAGAGGAUUUGUAGAGAAGAUAGUAGAUGACCCAUCUAGACCAAAUACGACAGUACAUUACAUUCCCCACCACCCUGUGAAAAAAGAGUCAGCAACCACACCCAUACGGAUUGUAUACGACUGCAGUUGUAAGUCAACCCAACAUUUCCCAAGUUUGAAUGAUUGCCUGAUGAAUACCCCACCACAGCUAAACGACUUGACGUCAAUAUUACUACGCUUCCGAUACCAUAAAUUUGCAGUUUCCACCGAUAUUGAGAAGGCGUUUUUGAACAUCAGUUUGCAUCCAGACGACCGUGACGUCACAAGAUUUUUUUGGCUAUCAGAUCCAAGCAAUCCAGACAGUCCACAUCAGGCAUAUCGGUUCAAGUCGGUGCUAUUUGGAGCAACAUGCUCGCCAUUCAUAUUAACGCCACCAUUAUGA